AUGGACGAAAGUCAUCCGCCGCCAGGCGAAAGCUCACUGGGCGUGGGGCUACCUGUAACUCCCCAGAGCCAGCACACUCAGGCGGAGGUUGGAGACGGGAGCCAGCUUCUUCCCAUCGACCUUGUGAAUGACAGCGCGUCUACUCCUUCUCAAGCACAAGUCCCUCCCAUACGUAGAGGGAGAGGCAGACCUCGAGGAUCCAAGAAUAAAAAGACUCUCGCCGCGGAGAAUGCUCCCCGUCUACCCCAGAGGCGAUAUCCAUCGCCAGCGCUAGCACUGGGUGAUGAAAGAGACAACCACCAAAGUUGGAUGGGUGAUGAGUAUAUUCCCAGCGAUCAUGGAGGCUCUCCAUACCGAGCUAUCGACAGACCACAGCUCGGCCAUGGGAAUGAUUUGGCAUCGCCCGACCCAUAUGAGAGUCAAGCUGUCGCGGACUUCAUCAAGAGUUACCGAAACUCAGUCCAUCUUGCCACGGAGAGAAACAGGCAAUCCGCAACCAUCAGCAGGGAAAGAAUGAGGGAAGAAGAGCAAUACGAGCUGGCAAAACUUAUCGACUCUCACACCUGGAGCCAGGCUCAGGAAGAUGAGCUGGACGCAUCCUGGGAGAGUGGUUUAGUCAAGGCUGCAAUACUUCGCUUGCCCGAUCGCGGUACUUGCCUUUCCUCCGUCUUCGAGACCUCCUUUCAUCUCUGCAACAUGGAUCCCCUCUCCCUACUAUCGCUCUAUCACAACUUCGAGCCGGAGGAGCUAUUGGAGGAAUACAAAUGGGUUUGGAUGAAGCUUGAGAGGAGCAAGCUCUGCAAUGCUGCAGUAAACCUGCCUGCCGCCCACAGCGAUAUGUUGUAUCGUCGGGAUGAUAGACUGGAAGUCCCAGCCUAUAACGUCUUUCUGCCGAACAAUUCAGUUUUGGGUGGCUUUCCUAGGAAUCCUCAGCCAAGGGGACAUUUCAAAGCAGAGGGCAGUCCUAUCCGUCGGUCAUUCAACCCCGACGCUGGUGACUUGACCCAGAACAUAGCUCAUCACAAGGAUCAGCUCAAUCCAUUCCAGGCGUUUCUCACCCAGCCUGACAGAGCGCAGGGGAACCUCCAAAACCCCUUCGCUAAACAGCCCGAUCCAAGUCCUGCACAAGAUCCACAGAUAGGUGGUUCUGAAGACGGGGAAAUUACACCAAUUAAGUUAUCUGACGAAGAGAUGAUGGAGGAACAACUUGAACACGUCCCCGACGUUCCUGAGGCUGCAGGUGGUCAUUCACGAAAGAGGGAUCAAGUCCGAUACCAGGAUCGCCAGCGUAAGUUCAAGACCAAGAAGCAAAGACAGCGCCGUCGUGGGGGCUACGGACGAUCUCGUUCAUAUGCACCGCAAGGACAGGGCGGAAAGAACUGGGCAGCUGGGGGUGGUUCUGGUUAUGGAAGGGGAUAA